GCAUCUUUUCCAACAUUUUGGCGGCAGCUUGGGAGCUUGAAUCCCGUUGGGUUUGUUGGUGGGGGUGUUUUUUUUAAAAGGAACCAAAAUCUGAAGUUUUUCCAGGUGGUGGCAGAGCACCCGCUUCAGGGUGUCUGCACUGGGCAGAGCAAUGGACACAUCCCAGUGACCCCGGGGAGGGCAGCCGCUGGCCAGAAAAUGGGACCCUCGGUGCAUGUCCCCCUCCAGAGCAUCCGGAGAGACCCCCUGCCUGGGGGGGCUGCACUGUGGGGACCUCAAUGAGUCCUGGGGGCUGGGGAGCACCAUCUCGUGCCGUGAUGAGCCCAGCAGCGCCCGGCUGCACCCCAACUCCUGUUUUCUCUCCCCAGAGCUCAGCCCUGCAGCUCCCCCAUGGCUGCAGCCAGCGGCGAGGGGCUGGCCCGGACCCCCCUCCUGCCGGCCGGCGCUGCCCUGGCCCUGCUGGGUGUCCUGGUCUACCUGGGUGCCCUGUGUGCUGCCUGCAGACGCAAGGGCAGGAAGAAGAAGGUCCCUCCAGAUGGGGUGAAGCUGGUGGACGAGUCCCUGCUCAGACAGACGCAGCUGCGGUCGCUCAGCAAGUCCGACACGAAGCUGCACGAGCUGUACCGGGUGAAGGCCAGGGAUGACACCCAGCGACCAGCCAGCCUGGAUUUCCCCCGCGCCGCGUCCCCCCCCAUCGCCACUGCCGACUCCCUGCACAGCUCUGGCAUCAGCGUCCUCCUGCACCGCCAGCUCCCCCAAAUCCCUGUCCCCGAGCCCCCGGCCGCCUCCUCGGCCCCCGACCAGACCUACUCCAACCUGCUCUUCAACCCUCUGCGGAAGCCGGUGCCGGACACCGUCUACGAGUGCCUGGCGGUGGGGGGGGAGGAUGCCCCGGUGCCCCCCGCACCCACCAGCACCCAGGUGUCCCCUCCACGGGCCGGGCACGGGGCGGCCGAUUACGCCUGUGUCCGAAAGGUGAAGAAGACGAUGCCCACGGAGGUGGAAGAUGGGGCCGUGGCGGGGCCUUCUGCAGCCCCACAGUGGUGGGACGGGGCGGGCAAUGCCCCCCGAGCGAAGCUGGAAGAGAUGUACUCGACAGUGUGCAAAGCCACCAAGAAGAAAACUCAGGUCCCCGCGUCAUCCCCAGGGGCUGCGAAGGAGGUGGGUGCUGGGUGGCCCCCCACCUGCCGGGGGGAGGGUGCCCAGGCUGGGUGCUGGCCCUCGGCAGCCCAAGCCCCCCCAGAUCCCUGCUACGAGUCCAUCAACGACAGAGCCUGGACUGCUCAGGGCCGUGGCCCCGACCCGGACUACGAGGCCGUGGACGUUAACUGGAAGAAGGGGGCAAAACGGGAGAAGUCGGGGAAGUCCUGUGUCCCCGAGAACCUGUACGAAAGCGUCAGUGACAUUUGGGCGGGGGAGUCCCGACGAGCCCCCGCCAGGACGGCGGCCAACGGGCUGGAGGUGUACAUCACCAACCUAUAGCACCCCCCCGGCAGAGGGGUCCUCGCUCGGCUUUCCAGGGGGUUGAGCCCCCCGGGGAUGGGCACACACCAGCCCGGUGCCCGCCGGGCGGCUGCAUCCCCUCAAGUGCUCUCUGUAUAUAUUUUAUAUUCAUUUUCUUUAAGCAUCCUUGUCCCAUCCCCACCCCGUGCCAGCAGGUUGGCAUCGGGAUGCCCUGAAGUGGGUGAUUUAUGGGUGCUGGGUUUACCAAGAUGGGAAUAGGUUUGGGACCAGCUUUGUUUUGGGGCGGGUGUGGGGAGGGGGGCUGCAGGAUCAGGCCCCUCAUCAGCCAUUAUGUCAUGGCUGAGGGUCUCCUUUCUCCUCCCUCUGCCCGGGGUGGGAGCAGGGCCCCGUCCAGCCCCUGGGAAGCCCCGAACAGCUUCGGUCCCAUCACUGAAUGACCCUGGUUAUGGGGACCAGGGGCCAGUCCUGUGCCUCUGUGCAAGGCAGCGUGGGCUGGGGGCUGUGAUCCGUCCCCAUCACCCACUCCCACCUUUCAGACACGUCCAGGGGUGCCUCCAGGAGCGGAUG